AUGCUUCGAUAUUGUUAUAAAGAUGUUUUUUUAGUAAUGGAGGCCAGACAGCAUGGAGCCAAAACGGUCAUUGACAUCAAGUUCAUUUGGACGUUGAACUCUAAACAUUCUUGGGGGAAGCAUUCAUCAAUCAUGGUAAUCAAAUUAAGAAUAAAUCACGUAGGAUAUUAUAAAAACAGAACUCGUCCUUCGAAAGCUUUUUCAAGUUUCUCGACAAAUUAUUUUAAUCAAAAUUCAGUAUCGAAACCGGUCAAGGGUGAGAAAGUGCGUUGUGGUACGCGAACAGUGGACUUCAACCCUCUCAGAACUGGCAAGAUAGUUGGUGGUACCGAAACACCAUAUGGAGCUUUUCCUUGGCAAGUCGAGAUACAAAUGUUGGAUGUGGAUAAUUUGAAAUUUGAACACCACUGUGGGGGCGCUGUCAUCGCAGAACGACUGGUACUCUCCGCCGCUCAUUGCUUCGAUAAGCAACCUCUGGAACUAGAACACAUUCGAAUCGUUGUUGGAGAUCAUCGCCUGCAGCUUCAAGAUAAAUUUGAGCACCGAUUCCUUGCUGAGAAAGUGGUGCGUCACCCGGACUUCAGGAAGAAUGGUCCUCAUAGCAACGAUAUAGCUAUGAUCCUAGUCUCAAGGUCUGGGAACGGUGUCCAGUUCAAUUCUCAUGUUCGUCCCAUCUGCUUACCUCAAGAGGGAGUGGCUCCUGGAAAAUGGUGUGCUGUCAGUGGCUGGGGCUUCCAGACAGAAAACACGGAGAACUUCGCACCGAUCCUAAGAGCAGCUGCAGUUCCGGUACUGGACCUUGCAACAUGUAGGAAGAAUCAGGUCUUGGGGGGACGACAGCAGACGAUACUGGACUCUAUGAUAUGCGCGGGAGUUCUCUCAGGAGGAGUAGAUGCUUGUCGCGGUGAUUCUGGUGGCCCUCUAGCAUGUAUGGUGUCUAACAGCUGGCAGUUACACGGAGUUGUGUCCUGGGGAUCUGGAUGCGCACGGCGUGCAAGACCUGGAGUGUACACCAGGGUUGCAUCGUUCAGGCAAUGGAUUACAAGUACUGCUAGCGUUUUAGGCCAUAAAAUACCUUUUUAG